CUUUUCCCAGUGGAGCUGGAGAACAGGCUUCAAUGAAAACUGCCUGUUUGCAGCUACAUGGAGAUUGCAGGCACCACAAUCACUAUUUCCUCUACCUGACCUGGAGCAGAAACUUCAUCAUCAGGAUAGAAAGGUAGCCUUGUUGCCUAGCAAAGGUGGGAUGAUUUAUCUCUGUCUCUAGAUUGGUCCCUUUUCCUUGUUGCACAAGAGAAUUGUUUUCAGACUCCCAAGGAGAAUGAAGCCAGGCUAGAAAUCCGAGUGGAUGCACAAGAGCUGCCCUCCCAGGGAGGAGAAGGAGACACAGGGUUUCUGUGCUUUCUGUUGCUGUGCAGCGCAGGAUAAUGGUUUUAUCUGCCCCAGUUAUAGCCCUGGGGGCUACCUUGGGGACUGCAACUAGCAUCCUUGCCCUCUGCGGUCUCACCUGCUUCUGCAAAUGCAAGCAACCUGGGAAAGGACUCUCAGAAACGGACCAAGAGGAGGACACGGAAAACACUAAGCCCAGUGUGCUUCAGCCAGUCCAGCAAUUCAAUGUUAAGAAAACUGCAGAGCCAGUCCAGCCUCGAGCACUCCUGAAGUUUCCCGACAUUUAUGGCCCCAAACCAGUAGUAACUUCACCUGAAAUUGUUAACUACACGCAGUACUCCCUGAAGACAACAGAAGAGCCAGCUACUGGAAAACACACUGGUUUGGAUGAGAACAGGAUGAAGAUACAAGUCAAUGAAGAGCUGUUUGUUCUCCCUCAAAACGUUCCAGGUGUGGUAAAGGACGUGUGUGUCACAGAGCGCUUGAACCCUGAGAGGGCAGCCAGCUGUAACCAGGCCCCUGAGCUGCGCUACUCCCUUGAGUAUGAUCAACAAAAAGCCGAGCUGCGUGUGGCCCUUCUGGAAGCUAUGCAUGGCAGAAUGAGUGGGGACCAAGAUGCUGGUUGCCAUUGCUACAUACUGGGCACGCUGGUGAGCAAGUCUGGUAUCGCUGAGGCCCAGACAGAGCUGAAGAAGAAGGUGCUUCACACCAUCUGGGAGGAGGUCCUGCGAUUCCCAUUAAUGGAGGAGGAGAUGCUGGAGGGGACACUGACUCUCACCCUGAGAAACUGCGACAAGUUCUCCAGACACAGCAUUGUGGGGGAACUCAAACUGAGUCUUGCUAACAUGGAGGAGUCCUUUGGAUUGGCCCAGUGGGAAAGGCUAAAGACCCCAGAGAAGGAGCCAUCUACAGGCCACGGGGAAGUUCUGCUCUCUAUCAGCUACCUGCCAGCAGCUAACCGCCUGCUGGUGGUGAUCAUUAAGGCUAAAAAUCUCCAUUCCAAGCAGCUGAAAGAUCUACUUGGCAAUGAUGUUUCUGUCAAGGUGACACUGAGGCAUCAGUCCUUGAAGCUGAAGAAGAAGCAGACUAAACGUGCAAAACACAAGAUCAACCCUGUGUGGAACGAGAUGAUCAUGUUUGAGGUGCCUCAUGAGCUCCUGCGUGCCUCCAGCGUGGAUCUGGAAAUGCUGAGCCAGGAUGGUGCUGGGCAGAGCCAUGUGCUCGGCAAGUGCAGCCUGGGCUUACAUGUCACAGGCUCGGAGAGGAACCACUGGGAAGAAAUGCUGAGGAACCCCAGGAGACAGAUAGCCAUGUGGCACCAGCUCCACAUGUAGGCUCAAUCAGAUUUCUACCAGGCCUCUGAGCCUGAGGGAAUAAGCUACAUUUCACUUUCCACCUUCCCCUCCACAAAGUUGCUCUGCGCAGCAUUCUUCAUACACCACCUUCUCUGAUUUUCCUGUCUCAUCCUAGCCCGGGAAUCUGUCUGGGAAAUGUAUUUAAAGGACAAUCUCUCACCUAAUCAAGUGGUUCUCUCAAACUAAGGGUCUGGCUGCCUGGAUGAUUUGAAUUAAUUUCACUAGCCUGCCCACUGUCAUUUCUAUGAGAUCCCUGUUUCUGUAGAGAAGCAGAGGGGAGCAAAAGUACCAUGGCAAUGUAAGCCACUCUGGCAUCUGGCACUGUCACCCAAGUCCCUUGAUGAGUGCUGGCUCCAUAAUCACAAACACGCUGCAGAUAUUUUACCAGUCACUGCUCUUCAUAAUAUUUUACAAGACUGUAAGAAAUGAAGAUCACAAAACUAACCUUCACUGCAGACCCAAAGUAUCAGUAUGAAAGAGAGACCGAAACCAUCGUGCAGUAGUUGGAUACCUCGAGUAAGAUAUAGAACUAAGGGAGAGAGCAGAGGAAGAAGAGAGAGUGAGACAGUCAAGUCUAUCAUCCUGUGUAGCCUUUGAAGCAAACACUGCCAAACAAGAAGUCAAAUACCUUCCUUUACUUUUGUUUCCUGGAGUGUUUGAUAUCUUGUAUGUAGGAUUCAUGAAAACUACUGAAAAUAUGAGUGUUUCAGCAUCCUUUAGCAGAACAGAUAUCUUCUGUCUUUCUACAGUAUCACCCAGGAAAAUCCUAAGCAUGGACAAAAAGUUAUUGUUGAUGUUACCUCCAAAAACUUGGACCAAAUCUUUCUGCUUACUGCCAUCUUUUCUGCUUGGGUUUUUCUAUGCUAGAAACUUUCAAAUACUCUACUUAUAUUCCAAGCAACAUCUAAUCGUAGGCAUAAGAAGUGGGAUCAUUUCAUACCUUAGCAGCUGAUUGAUAGCUUUGGUUUGGCAGUUAACUAUUGCACUCAAAUCCUCAUACCAGCAUUACUUGAAGACAACCCUUAAAAACUGCCAUGUAUUUCAUCACUUCCAGACAGAAGGAAUUCACUGACCAGACAGACUCUGCGGGGCUUGUUUUUUUGUGUGCACUUUCAAGAUUUGGUGUGGCUUAAAUGUUACUGUUUACUGUCCUUUUUUUGUGUCUAGAUGGACUGAAAGUCUGGCAUUGGCAGUGAUGAUGUUAUGACCCCAUAAGCACACUGCUUGUCCUACCGCUUAAUUUCAAGUAGUAGACACAGCUUUAAGAGACUUCCAUGUGGACAAGACAUCCAAAAAUCUGAACACAGAACUGUAUGAUUUGUAGCACUGAAGAACUCGAAGAACUUCAUAUCUGCAGGGUCAGCUUGAUCCUCUGUUUAAUGCAAAAUAUUAAGCUAGGCUUUAUCCAGUAUCCAUCUCAUUUUGAUGGCUUAGUCAAACAAGUUUAGCAGAUUGUCAGGUGAAGGCUGCCAUCCCGUUGGCAAAAGGAAACCACCAGAACCAGUGUGGGAAAACUGACUGAAGUGCCAGGCACAGAGUGUUAUGAACAUGGGAAUGAAGUUCAGCUGGGAACCAGUCACUAGUGGUGACUGGGACCAGUCGUGGGCCUGACACCGUUUAGCAUCUUCAUAAAUGACCUGGACGAUGGGGCAGAGCGUGCCCCCAGCAAGUUUGCAGAUGAUACAAAACUGGGAGUAGUGGUUGAUACACCAGGCAGUUGUGCUGCCAUUGAGAGAGAGGUGGAGAGGUGGAGAAAUGGGCUGACAGGAACCUCCUGAAGUUCAAAAAGGAGAAGCGCAAAGUCCUGUACCUGGGGAAGAACAACACCCUGCACCAGUGCAGGGCUAGGGACUGACCAUCUGGAAAGCAGAUUUCCAGAAAAGUACCUUGGGUGUCCUGCUGGACACCAAGCUGAACAUGAGCCAGUGAUGUGCUUUUGCAGCAAAGGCCAACAGUGUCUUGGGCUGCAUUAGGAAAAGCAUUGCCAGCAGGUCAAGGGGGGUGAUCCUUCCUCUCUUCUCAGUACUGGUAGGGGGCACAUCUGGAGUGCUGUGUCUACUUCUGGGCUUCCCAGUGCAAGAAAGAUAUGGAUGUAUGGGAGAGAGUACAGCAAAUGGCCAUGAAGAUGGUUAAGGGACUGGAGCAUCUUCUAGAGGAGAAGAGGCUAAGAGAGCUGGGACUGUUCAGCCUGGUCAAGAGAAGGGUCGGAGGGGGAAACUUAUCAACACGUAUAAACACCUGAUCUGGGAGAGGAGUAAAGAAGAUGAAGACAGAUUCUUUUCAGUGGUGUCCAGUGACAGGACAAGAGGCAAGGGCACAAACCGCAGUAUGGGAAAUUCCAUUUGAACACAUGAAAAAAAAAGGACAAAAAAAACUUUUUUACUGUGAGGAUGGUCAAACACUAGAACAAGUUGCCAAAAGAGCUUGUUGGGAGUCCCCAUCUUUGGAGACACUCAAAAUCUGAUGGGAUACAGUGCUGAACAGCCUGCUCUAGUUUACCCUGCUUUGAGCAGGGGUGGGUUUGGGCAAUAUGAUCUCCAGAGGUCCUUUGCAUCCUCAGCGAUGCUGUGAUUCUGUGAAGAGACUGCCAAGGUUAAUGCAUACUGAAAACUCUGUUAUCUUUACACUGCUAUUCCCUUUAUAGGUGGUGUAGCCAGGAGUUACAGCAUCAUUUUGAAGACUGACAAAACCAGCUUUGACCAAACAAGCAAACAAACAAACAGAAAAGCUAAGUAUGCCAAUGAAUCUUAUACCCAAUGUUUUAAUCUCUGAUAUUGCUCCACUGGCUAGAGGGGAUUUAAACAAAAAGCAAAUUGACUUCUUGUUUUGCUCUAUGGGUUUUUGUUUAUUAACAAAAAGCUGUAGCACACUGAAUAAAGUAGACACAGGGUUUUAGCUGAUAGUGAAUUCUUAAUAGUUGCUGUGUUCAUGAUUUGCCUGUAGAAAUACCUAUAGAUUUGGAAUCAUUACUUCCACUGAAGUGCAAAAUUCGUUGUAAUUCUGGCCUACUCUACAUAGCGGUUCCUGGCAGCACUGUGAUUCUUCCUUCUUUGUAGGAUAAUGAUAAGACGGAUAACUUCAUGGUAUGAUGCUAUUUGCCUGGCACCGGAAAGCCUGAAGGGCCAAAUAUUUGCCUUGCUGCCAAGAGAUUUCUCUAGUUCUGCCUCCUGCAGAUGAGCCUUUUAUAACAUCUUGGUGACUGAUUGUAAACAGCAUUAUCUGCCUCUGCCCCUGGUGAUUUUGGCACACCCUGUAAUUAGAUAGCAUUCCUAUAGCAUCUAGAGGAAUCACCUCUCGCAAUCUGAUUUUGCUGUGACAAAAAAAUGUCCUCUUUUACAGCAGAAAAAUACCUGUAUUCACGCUACUUAACCACAAAUCUGUCUUAGGAGCAAAGUGGUGCCAUCAAUGUUAACGAACUGUGUUGUUCCCUCCUUUGCUGCAAUGGGAUUUAAAUGGGGCAGAGAGGAAGAGUGAAAAUGAGUGCAUCUUUCCCAGCUGGAUCAUUUCUGUUCCCUGACAUUUUAGCCUGGAAAGAAUGUUUCUCUCAUUCAGAGCUGCCUGAACAAAGACUGCCAGGUGUUUAUUUAACGAGGCAGCCAUUUGCUGUGCAGGGGCUGAAAGCAAGUGCAGUUAAGGGUGCUGGCUGGCCUGGCUGGGAGGAAUGCUGCUACGUGUGGUACCAGGGAUGCUCAGCCUGGGCCCUUUUGAACUCUGUUAAUAGGAGCUGUUUGUCAUCGCAUUCCAGCACCUGCCCAGGGCCCUGCCCUCAUCCCUCUGAACUGCCUGUAUCACCUGUUUAGCAAUCCCUGUAUGCCCCUGAGCCCCAGCACCCCAAGGGCCCGAGGUGCUAAACUGGCCCAAGCUGACAAACUGCCGGAGCUGUAGUGGUAGAUGACAACGUCAUGAAUAUAAAUGCAAAGUAUUUGGAAAUCCUCAGUGCCAUCAUAUCAAGCAGCUUCAGCAACACGAGCUGUUAAAGUAUCACUUCGGUGCAAUAAAGCCAGAGAACCAGAGCCAGACAGCCCCAUAGUCUUCAGCUCCUGAAGCUGUAAAUACAGGAGCAUCGGUGAGCACCACUAACCUGUCUUAAAUUAAAGGGUGCUGCUUAUAUACGGCAUCAUAAGAGAAGAAGCAGAAAAAAACCCAAACAAACAAACACUUAUGGCAAUUAAUGUUUCUUAACAGCUAUGGCAAUUAAUGUUUCUUAGUUAUACGUGUGACCAAAACCAGCCAUUAGAGUCCCCAGUGGCUAGUCGUUGUUUGCACUGAUUGUUCUGCCUACUAUAACCCAUUAACAUGAAGAAGCUGGAAGCCAAGAGACUGUAGGGAGGGAGGAAAAAAAAAAAAAUGGGGGUGUGUGGGGGCAGUCUACCUGGCUGGAAUGAACAAUCCUUUUCACAAAAGGCCAGAGAGUUGCGAGUUUGAGGACGGGGAUUCACAGUCCCUCGAGCAGUGGCAAAACCCAAACAACGUGACUACUGUAAAGCAGAAUGAGAAAUGCAGCUCCUAUAUUGCAUCCAGCAUUGCCUGGGAGAGGCGAUCUGAUCUCCUGCUGUGGCCUCUGUUCAGGGCAGGGGACUGAGAGGCAAGAGGAAAGAACUUGUGACUACAUUAAGGAGUUAUUUGAUUAAAAUAUAGAUUGUAGCCAUAUGUUGCUUUGCCUUGAGCUGUCCUCAGAGCUAGAUCUUCCCAAACACAUGAUCUAGCUUGAUUUUAGGCAAUUUGUGCUACAGUAGAAUCGAUUAAAAAGCACAGACCACUGAUAGUCACUAAAACAUCUCUGGGAUGUUUUAGACUCAUUACUCUCCGCAGCCCUCUUCCCCAGCUGUAAGGGGUAGCAGCUGCAGCCGGUGUCCUGUAAGGGUAACACUUUCUCAGUGCACAGUUUUCCCUUAGUUUCUUGUCCCAAAUACCCUUGCAUGGUGACAGGAACCAUGUGUGCUUUGCAAAGAGGUAAUACAUCAGAAAUUAAUGGAAAACUCCCUUCAACAGGGCUGGGAAAAUUUUCAGGCUCAACUAUUCUCCUGGGCAUUACUGUUCUUUCAACACCUUGAACAAAAGUACUUUGGAUUUUGCUAGCAUCUGUCAUCAGUAUUAUCUGGCAGUAGUGUCCAAAGACAGACUUUUUUUUUUUUUUUUUUCCAGAAUGGAGGAGGGUGGAAUCUGAGCUCUGGAAAUACAGACCAAAGUUUGCCCAGAUUUUUCUGAUAUUUAAGAUGUGUUGAGCACAAUGAUGUCUAGUAAGAGCUGGGAGCUAAGUUGGCUUGGACCACAUUUCUUGCACUCUUUUCAAGGUCAGUUUGAAGUUUGAAUUAAAGGGCAGAGCUUUGGCAGCAUUUUUUAUGUGUUUCAGAAUUUAACUAAGCCUCGAAAUGUACUCAGUUCAUUUGCUGAAAGACAAGCAUGAUGAGUAAAUACUAAUACUGGGCCCUUUAUAUUGUUUCUUCCGUUGGUAAUAAUCAAAUUGUGCAAGCAUAGUAGCAAAGUGAAAUAGUACUUUGUGGCCUUCCAGCAUGAGAAGGCUUUUCUGCUUACUUGCUCCUUUAGUGUCCCAGUGUGUUUAUUGUACGGAGCCAGAUACUGUUUGUCAAGACUCUAUAUUGUUCUCACAGUCCAAAGCACAAAAACAGAGCAUGAGGCUCAGCCAUCGUGUCUAAUGUUACAGCACAACGUGUCAACCACUGCAAGUAAAUAAUUCCAAACUCUA